ACUUGUGGUAGUGGCAAGUUCACUCCCAACACCAACGUUAACAAAUCCCUUCCCCUCAAUCUCUCUCGCGGCGGCGGCGGCGGUCAUCUUGCCAAUCGAUUUGCUGGAAAUCCGCGUCUAGCUGGGGCUCCAGUCCGCGUGCACCAGCCAUUUUCCGCAGCACCACCCGCAAUUAGCUCAUUUCCCACACUCUCCCCACCCCACUGCCUGUUCCAGUGUUCGUCUCACCACCCCAACCCCAACCCCACCACGACCAGUCGACCACCACCGCGCCCCAGCCAAAACACGACGAAAUCACACGCGGUCACACUCACAGGCUCGCACGCCGCGCGACGACGCGACAGCACAACCGGCGGUCACGAGCCGCACCGAUCUUCACCCCGCAUUACCCGAGCGAGCGCGCGCGCUUCCGCGGCCGGCGAUGGCGGGUGGCGGGGGGCGCCGCGCGGCGGCGGCCUGCGGGCGGUGGUGCCUGGUGAUCUUGGCCGUGGCCUCCGCGCUCGGCGUCUCCGGCCCCGCCUUCUACUGGCGCUACAAGAAGGGGUUCUCGUCCUCCCGGGCCUCCUCCGUUGCCGCCUCGGCGGCCUCACCUUCAUGCCCGCUCUGCAGCUGCGACUGCCCGCAGCCCCUCUCCCUCCAGUCCAUCGCCCCGGGGCUUGGCAACUUCUCAAUCACAGAUUGUGGAAAAAAUGACCCUGAGCUUGCCAAAGAGAUGGAGAAGCAAUUUGUCGAUCUCCUCAACGAGGAGCUCAAGCUGCAGCAGGUUGUUGCUGAGGAGCAUAGCCACCACAUGAACGCCACUCUUGUUGAAGCUAAAAGACAGGCUACUCAAUACCAGCGAGAGGCAGAGAAGUGUAAUGCAGCCACAGAGACCUGCGAGGAAUCCAGGGAGAGGUCUGAGGCAGCAAUUUCGAAGGAGAAGAAACUUACAGCACUGUGGGAACAACGAGCUCGCCAAUUGGGUUGGCAGGAUUCUCGAGCCACAAGCAUGUGAUAGCUUGAUUAGUGCUGCAUCUUUUUUUUGUACACGUAAAAUUAUUUCAGGUAGCUGCAUGGUUUACAUCUUGCAGCCAAACUGAGCAGUGUUAAUUGUACGGAUCCACUUGUAAUGUUUGUUUAUGUAUGGUCAGUUGCCACAGAAGCAUAUAGUUAUUUUUGGGUCUCAACAUUGUAGCUUUCUUACAAAUGUAACUAGUAUACACUGUCUAAAUAUUCGAGGUUUCUGAUGACGCUGUUGAAGACA